GUCAAAACAAGGCGAGCCAGCUAUAAAUCGAUUAAUUUACUCCCUUUUACUUGACUUCAUGCUGCACAUUUAUUUUGUGCUGAAUUGAAUUAAGUACAAUAUAUUCAGUGCAUUUAACAUUCGUUGAAAGGAAAGUCAAUCAAGUUGUGCAUACCCUGGAACAAUGAGAGUAUUCUGUGCAGUGAGUAAACUAAAAUAGGGUUUCAAAAAGAAGAAAGGAUGGAAGAUAAUCAAGAAAUUCGAUUUGGCGAUGCAGCAGCUGAUAAUUUGUACCCUGCUCUCUUUCAAUGCUUUACAAUUAUUCUUUGUGGGUAUAUAGCAGGUCGUCUCAAUGUGGUCUCAUCAACAGAGUCCAAAGGUAUAGGAACAUUUGUGGGCACCUUUGCUCUGCCUUCUUUAAUUUUUGUAUCACUUGCCAGGCUCGAUUUUACCACUGUAAAUUGGACAUUUCUUUUGGCCAUACUACUUGCCAAAGGAGUAAUAUUUCUAGGUGUUAUUGUGAUCACUGUUUUUGUGUCCAAACCAAUAAACUUUGGAAGAGCGGGAAUUUUCGCAAUUUUCUGUACUCAAAGCAAUGAUUUUGCUUUAGGAUAUCCUAUAAUAAAUGCCAUAUAUGAAAAAACACAUCCGGAAUAUGCUCUCUACCUGUACUUGAUGGCUCCAAUAUCAUUAGCUAUAUUGAACCCGAUUGCCUUUGUUUUGAUGGAGAUCAAUAAACAAAAGGAAAUAUGUCAAAGGGCUCAGAUAACAAGCACUGAACCAAAUAGGAAGCCGGAGCUGUCCAAAACAAAACUGUUGAAACAAAUUGUCACAGGCAUCGCAUACAACCCUGUCUUGGUUAUGACAGUACUGGGAAUUAUUGGCAAUAUUGCUUUUAAACAUCAACUUUCCAUUUACAUUGAGGGCUUAUUGGAGGUGUUUGGUCAAGCUUUCUCAGCAACUGCCUUAUUUCUGCUUGGUCUUCGUAUGGUAGGGCAGAUUCACAGGUUAAGAGGCCCAGCACUGGUAUUACCAUGUGUACUGAUAAUGGUCAAACUGAUUGUUUUACCAAUGGUGAUGAGGGAAUGUGUAAGCGCGCUCCAUGCAGGAUAUAAUGAAUCUGAAACGAGCUCAUUGUCCACUUACGCGUUUUUGUAUGGCACCAUACCUACUGCCCCUGCUGUAUUCGUGUUUUCGAAUUUAUAUCAACUGGAGAUUGAUUUGAUGGCAUCAUCAAUGGUAAUUUGUACUUUCCUGUCUGCUCCAAUGAUGUUCAUGUCAGCCCAAGUGAUAUCUAUCAACAAAGAUUAUGCUGACCAGCUGAAGAAAUUCGGCUUUGACCUAUCCAUUGUGGCUCUAAUAGCAGCACUCUGGGUUUUGCUGGUUUUUACUCUCACUAAGAAAUAUAAGAGGAUGCCCCAUAGAUUGACUCUUUGUUUGAUUGUCUCUCAGAUAUUGCUAGCCAUCAGUGUGAUUUGGGGUGGUCCUCUUCCGAACCACUCAGUCUCCUGGUACUCUACCCUGCAGCAGUCUUUACGGACUUUUAGCAUGUACUCCUGUCUGCUCUGGACCUCAAUGCUAUCAGUUGGAAUGCUUAUGUUAGAGAGCCGCGGUCCCUGCUUCGUCGUGACGCUGUGGCCAGUAUUAGGGUUCGUGGCUUGGGGCGCGCCCGGUGUUAUGACCGGCGUGCUAUUGGCCACCAAGGGUCCCGCCAGUGAUCUGGACAGCAAAGCUGCUGAUGCUAUCCGACUGUGUCUGCUCGUCUUUUGUCUUACUGUGACUACCGGCUGUUUGAUAGUUUACGUGCGAUUCCGUCGCCGCAGCGCGCAGUUCGCGUCUCUAUCGGCUGAGAUUUCAGGGUCUUCACCUCCUGAUGAAUCCACCAGCCUCGUGGAAAACGCGGAAGCAAUCUCGCACACGCAGUCUAUAUCUAACAAUGGGUGUUAUGGAACUAUUACAGCCACUCCAUCGCCCAGCCGAAACAUCAACGACUGCUGCUCGGAUGACCCCAACUGCCAAAACGGCUUGAUUUCAUCGCAAGACAUUGAAGACAUUGGCAGCUCUAAUCAACGGGACUGCGCCUGCCCGCCGUCGCAGAAGCAGCGCUGCAACGCAUCUGGACCCUGCACGUACCUCAACGACCUAGAGGCAGCCGCCAGCCAGUUGGGGCUGUUGCCGCCUGAGCAGUCGCGCGGCCGCGGCGGGCAGCUGCUCAAGCAUACUGUGCUCAUCAUCGCGUACAGCCUCAGCAUGUUUAUUGGCAUAACUUACACCACAUGGCGGAUGAUGAUGAGGGACGAAAGCGGCGUAUUCAUAGAGAUCGAGUUCCUGGAUAUUGCGGCCAAUUAUGGACAGGCACUCGUUAUGUUUGUACUGUUUGGUCUGGACCCAGAAGAACUACUCAUUCCGGCUAUUCGAUUUUUCAAAAACAAAUGGCAUGGUGCUGAUACCGUGGUGUUGCCGGCUAUAGAAGAUCUGAGCUUUGAAACGAAGCAUGUCUGUGACCAGUUUAUAACGCACCAUCUGGAUCGUUGCAAGGAAGCUAUUGCGAAGGACACAAGAUGGCGUAUGCGAAGCUACCGAGGCGUAUUCCGCGGCUCCUGCCUCGUCCGUUGGCUAAUCAGCUGCGGGCUUGCUAAAGACGAGCAGGAAGCGGUGCAGUACGGCAGGCACUUGCUAGACGGCCGUUUGAUCGCGCACGUCAAUAACGCCCACCACUUCACCAACUCGCCGCUACUCUACACUUUCAAGUAGGGUUGCCAUAUCUACGAACUGGGAUUUUUCAUUCGCGUCUAACUUUUUCAAAUAAUUUUUAGUUGGAUAAAUGUGGUUGCUGUUGGUUAAAGAAGAUGUAUGAUGUAAGAUACGAUGGAUCUUGAUUUGUGCAAUUAAUAUCAUUUAUGUUAAGUAUAUGACGUAAAAAUUUAACUACAGUGCUGCUAAUCUAGGUUACUAUUUAACUUUGGUUUAAAAGGACGCAAAUUAAAAAUCCGGGUGAGUGUAAAAACGUACCAACGAUUAUCUACGCAGGCUAACAAAUGUAUUUUGAGGAGGCUGACUGUACUGUAUUCUAAUAAUAUAAUGUUAAUUUAUUUUUAUAUUAUCUAUUAUAAUGACUAAAUGCUACAUAAUGUAAGCAAUUUUAAAUUGAACGGGUACGCGAUACAAUGAUUGGAUCGCUUUUUUGCACAAAAAUUGUUAAUUGGCGGAGUUAAAAUGCAAUCUCUUUAAGUUCCUUGUCAAUAGUGAUAAAUAAAUACUAUUUAUUUUUGCAAAUACGAAGGAAGCUAUUCUACAUUCAGUUGCUAGCAGAUAAAAAGAGGGGUCUGGGUAGCGACCCAGCACAAACAGGAUUUGUUCUAAAACUACCAUUGCAACUAGAAAUUGAUUAAUUUAUAUGAAGUCGCCUGUCAGCAUCUGACUGACCAAAAUGUUCUGAGUAUUUUAAAACAAUGACUAGACUGGAUACUAUUUGGAUGGUCUUUUGCUAACGCUUGACGAUUUAUACUUGUAUUUUGUUAGAUAAAUUAUGUAAGUGUUAAAAAAUUUUGCAGUGUGUUGAUUUCAAUGUGUUAUAUCUCAUUUAUAGACGCGAACUGUCCAUCCCUUCUCAUAAAUAAUAAAUUAGAGCCACCAAAAGAAUAAUUAAUACAGUUAAAGAAGGUUGGUAGUGUGAUAUAAUAAACUAAGCUUUAUUUUUUUAUAUUUUUUUUUCUGGGACUUCUUGCAGUAAGAGCAUAAAUUCAAUCUUCCUUCGCGUCUUUAAAUUAGGUAGUAAUGCAAUGAAAUUGAAAUUACCACUCUGUUGGUAUUGUGAUGGUUUAGCUAAUAUCAUUGUACAUUAUUUUGUUUAGGAUUUAUUCUAUAAUAACAAAUCGGUACUGAAAAGUAUUUUAUAUAUAUUAAAUUAUUAUUCAUUGGGAAUAUUGAAAAUAUUUAUGUUUUAGUGGUGGGAGUUAGCUAUAAAUAUAAUAUUACAUAUGACAAUCACAGUUCUCUCCUUGUAUAUUACCGUCUUUCCACUAAUCUAAAUAUUAUGUACUUAUUCAUAUAAAACUGCUCUUACAAUAAAAGCAGAUUAGCUCUUUUAGUAUAAGAAAUAAGUGACCAAAUAAGAUAACAUGUAUCACAAAAAUGAUGGUGUCUAAACAUAAGAAAGUAUUGUCACUUAAACUCCAGUAAUAAUUACGAUAUAAUUAUAGUAACUUGUCACAAAGUAGCUCCAAUCAGCUUCUAAGAUUUAUUAAUUUGUGCCAAUGAUCUGUAAAACCAAAGAAACCAACCAUGAAACUUUUAUAUGUAUUAGGAUUUCUUGAACAAUUCCAUCAUCAUAGUUAUACAAAAGAUAUUUAACCAACUGACUAGAGGACAAAUUUUUAUGCUAAUGAUCUCAAUGUAAUAGAUUUUGUUUUAAAUGGUGUUAUUACCUAUGUUUAUAAUUUCAUCACAUAAAAUAAUGUAUAAAACCAGUGAGGAGAGGAACUCAGCGCAUCAACUAUUAUCAAAAUACAUAAUUGUUUUCUUAGUUGCUAGUGAGAUUUUUGUGAUUCCUGCUUAUUGUGAUAUAGUUGACAGUUAUACUUAUUUAAUGUUAAUAAAUUAUCAUGAACGUAAUGUAGAUAUAAGAUUAAAUAUGUAUCUUGUUAAUGUUAUUGUAUUGUAUAUUGCAAUAUACAAAUAUAUUUUACAAUUGAGCAUAUAAAAAAUGUAAAAAAAAUAUGUAUGUUGAACAAUAUAAAUUGUUGCACUGGCA